CAUCGUCCCCACAAUGCUUUCAUCCACGUGGAAUUUUCUGAAACGCCACAAAAGGAAAUUCUUUUUUGCUGGUGCUUUGGUCGGAGGUGUGUAUUUCCUGGGUAAAUAUGCUCGGAAGAAGAUCCGUGACAUUCAGGAACGAGAGGCUGCAGAGUACAUCGCUCAGGCCCGGCGGCAGUUCCACUUCGAGAGCAAUCAACGGACCUGCAACAUGACAGUGUUGUCUAUGCUGCCUACACUACGAGAAGCCAUCAUCCAUCUCCUCAAUUCUGAGAGUCUCACCUCCCUUCUGAAGACCAAGCCAACAAAUAAGCUAGAAAUUUGGGAGGACCUAAAGAUAAUCAGCUUCACGCGCAGUGUGGUGGCUGUCUACAGCACCUGCAUGCUGGUGACGCUGCUGAGGAUCCAGCUCAACAUCAUCGGAGGAUACCUCUACCUGGACAACUCCAUCAGCAGGAACGGAGUGGCUCCCCUGGCCCCACCAGAUGUGCAGCAACAGUACCUGUCCAGUAUCCAGCACCUACUGGGGGACGGCCUGUCUGAGCUGGCGACGGUGGUGAAGAGAGCGGUCCAGGACACACUGGGGGGGCUGUCUCUUAAGCAGAGUCUGUCCCUGCUGGAGCUGGAGCAGCUACUGGGCCUCAUCAGAGCCCAGGUGGAGGGGGACGGGGUGGAGAAGGGGGCCUCUCCCUCCCACAGACGGCCCCUCGCCUGGUACAUGAUGCCCGACGAGGAGAACACCCUGGCCGCGCAGGCAUGCGGUCUGACUGAAAACGACGUCAUGACUAUCAAACUGCUGAAUGAGACCAGAGACAUGUUGGACAGCCCAGACUGCCAGACCGUCCUCAACACCUGCCUCAACAGAGGGUUCAGCCGUUUUCUCGACAACAUGGCAGAGUUCUUCCGCCCCCCACCAGCUUCCGCCUCCAACCCCGGCUCUAUGCCUGAUAGUCUUUCCCAGGUUAGUCUACCCCUGGCUAAGAUCAUCCCCAUCGUUAACGGACAGAUCCACUCAAUCUGUAGUGAGAUCCCCAGCCAUUUUGUACAAGACCUGCUGAUGAUUGAGCAGGUGAAAGAUUUUGCUGCUAACGUGUACGAGACCUUCAGCACCCCCCAGGACCUCCAGCUCUGACAAAGGAGAAGAGGGAGAACACACAGCCCUGGACACAGCUCUGUACACAGCUCUGCUAACCUACUCCCUGCCCCUUAGGCUGUUUGUCUGAGGAAACAGGCAGCAAGCUAGCCUGCAGGCCUGCCGAACUAGAGCAGGACUCAAUCCUCUGUUUAGACCUCCCUCGUGGGGGGAGGAAAGGAGUCACAUGACUAGUAACGGUCUCCUGGGGAUCGGAAGAGUCCAACUGCAUUAUGGGUGCUGUAGUUUUUCUCGUCCGUGUUUCUGCUACCAGACAGCCCCUCCAUUUGUAUAAACACAAUGUCAAACCUGCAUCACUUUAAAUAUUUACUUUGAACUCGACUCAAUGGAUGCCUAGCUAAAGUUGUAAUUGUUUUUAAUUGUGGUUUUAGGCGAAAGACAAGUUCGCCCAUGUCACCUUAAGGACCUUUGAAUGGUGCUGUGAUGGAGGCUGCAUUUUCACCAUACAGCCUCUAAUGUAGCAGUCAUGUCCAACAUUCGUCAUUCCUCAUUAAAACUCGACUAUAAAACCUUGACCCAACUUCCUGUAUCACCCCCAGUCAGUGGAAUUGGUUUAGCUCAACUCAAGAUCAUCUGUAUUUUAUUGAAUGGUAGAGCUGGUUGUCUGGUCCUGCACUGUAAAGGGGACUGAGGUAUCCCUGAGUGCAUGGAGGUGAACACGUAGCUCUUGAACAUAUGCCCUGUAACAAUUGCCUGAACUAUGGCUGUGAAUGGAGACAGAAUAUCUGUGUAUGUUUGAUAAGCUAAUAUGAUAAAGUAAUAAAGUAACAACGAUUUAUUAUAA